UGUGUUGUUGUACUGCUUUGCAAUGAACAGAAGCAAGGCCAGUGGCGUGUCGUGGGUGAAACCAGCGGAGCCCUCCUUUCUUAAGAAGUUUAAAAAUGAUGUUGGAUACAAAGAAGGGCCGACUGUUGAUACAAAGCGUCACGUGAUGCCAACACUGGAUGAUGAUGACAGCGGGAGUGACCGAGAGGAUGAGCUACCUCAAGUUGUGGUCCUAAAAGGUGGAGACCUGACUGAAGAGGAAGUGAAGAAGAUCAAGUCUAAAAUACGCACUGGAGGUGGUGCAGAGAAAGAUGAUGGACCUCCUCCUGAUGAUAAGAUCAUUUUCAAGAAACCAGCCAAGCGCUCCUCCUCAGACAAAUUCCGGAUCACUGCCAGCUCCAGCAAAAAGAAGAAGAGUGAUGGAGGAGAGGAGGAGGAGAAGAAGAAGGAGGUGAAGCCUGGAAAGAAAAUAAAGAAUAACAGCCUUCUGUCGUUUGGAGGGGAUGAGGAGAACGAGGAGGACUAAAUGGUUGAAGCUGCUCCUCAUACCUGCCCAACCAUGGAAAUCAGGAAACACCAGGUAGAAAAUCGGUUGGACUGAUUAUUGGUAAUGAAACGAUUUGUUUGAUUCUGUGAUUGUGAUUUUUUACUCUUUUUUUCUUCGCCCAGGUCAUUGAAAUUAGUUCAGCUAUUUAAAAAAAAAAAAAAAAAAAAAAAAAGAAGCAAAGAAGCUGAGUAAAAUAUAGUGAAAGUGGAAAAUCAACUUUUUUAUUUUUUGUAUUUGAUGAAAUAAAUGUAAAAUUAGAAAUCUCUACUGGUAGAAUCCAAAUAGUGACAAACUUUUGAUGAGAAUUUCCCUUGUGUUCUUGGUGCCUUUCACUUAAAGAAAGACUGACGCAAUCAUCACAGUUACAGGUCAUUCGGAUCCUGGUCUCAGUAGCUCCUGUUGUGUAGCUUCGACAGCGCUACACACUCUUCACCCUCUCGUACACGUUAAGAUCAUUUAGUUGCUUUGUGUUUGGAUACUCCUGUUGACUCCUGCUCAUUUGUAUUCGUCUAUGGUGUCAUCAAGAAGUGUAACAGUGUUCACAAGUGGUGUGGAAGUGCUCAUUGUAGAAUUUAAGAUACAUUCAGUGAUGCAUAGAAUGUAUGAAUAUGUUCUAGCUUCGACAAAGGAGCUGUAACAGUUUAUGUAGGAACAAUGCAUUGUUGUCAAUGCAAUGGGGUGAUAUUUUUUUAAUGUGAAUGUGUAAAUUUGUUUUUAUUGUGUUCAGUUUUAGAGAAUGUUUAUGGCUGUAACAUUUGAAAUAAACGUCAUUUUACUGGCUGGGUGCAACGAGUCUCUGCUCCCAGCCAUGAAACA